UUGUGAGAUUGAGUUAUGAGAUUUGGGGGCACCAAAGGAGUUGUCUCCUCUCCCGAUGAUGAAUCCACAAGGCCAUUCCUAACCUGAUUUCGAACCUCCUCCGACGAUACCUUCGAGUCCUCGGUUACCUCCAAACUGAAUCGAUGGUCCAUGGGCCGAACUUUACGAUCCGGUGCCGUCAGACUCAUCGUACCGAUAACAACGACCAUGAGUUGCUUUAAAGGUGGAGACUUUGAUGCUGAACCUGAUUGUCAAUGAUGUUUAUCCGCACAACUUUGGUCAUCGUCCCCAUCAGUGUCUGGACUUUCUGGAGAUGCGGCAACUGCACCUGCCCAAGUCUACGUGGGAAUGGGUUUGCUCGCUGGCUCCACCGUUACUUACGUCCUGUGUCAUUAGCUAUUUGACUGCACUUUGAUUGGAGUAGUGUGAUGAAUGAAGAAGAUAAUAGAGAAAAACAGGAACAACCAUUCUCAUUGGAAGUGGUGACAUGGCUACAAGUAAAGGGGAGCUCUUGAGAGCUACUGCUGUGGAAGAGGAUACUUCUUCGCUUCCUCUACCGACGCUGCUUAAACCAGAGCUCAAGCAUGGAAAGAAACCUCUUUUCGAUCUCAUGGAGGCUAUUAGAGAGAUAAAGAUGAGCUUUCCUGUGAGGAUGCUUUGAGGGAGAACGUUGGUGCAUUUAUGAACGCCUUAUUGCUAGCAAAGCCUGCCGGAUUGAAAAAGAAUUUGGCGAUGAUGGACAGGAAGUGGUGUUCUCUGACGUUUCUGACAAGUAUUUGCCUGAUAUUAUUUCUCCUUGGCUCUUAUGCUGCUUACGAGCAUUUUCGUCGUGUUGAUGCUCGAGAAGACAACGAAAAACAUUAUGUGACACUGCAAGUAGAAGCUUCCAACGCCACAGGACGACCCAUUCCUGAAACCCUUUUUGGGAUCUUCUUUGAGGAAAUCAAUCAUGCUGGAGCAGGUGGACUGUGGGCUGAACUUGUUAGCAACAGAGGAUUUGAAGCUGGUGGACAAAUCAUUCCUUCCAGUAUCUGGCCUUGGUCCAUUAUUGGAGAUGAAUCAACCAUAUCUGUAGUUACAGACCGCUCUUCAUGUUUUGAGCGCAACAAAAUUGCACUUAGAAUGGAAGUGCUUUGUAACAGCAGUGGUUGUCCAUCAGAAGGAGUCGGGGUUUAUAACCCGGGUUACUGGGGCAUGAACAUUGAAAAAGGAAAGAAAUACAAAGUGACCCUGUAUGUGCGUUCCACUGGGGACAUCGAUGUGUCUGUGUCUUUGACAAGCUCGAAUGGAUCACUAACUCUUGCAUCAGAGCAGAUUAUAGCUUUGGCUUCUGAGGUUUCAAAAUGGACAAAGAAGGAAAUGCUUUUGGAGGCAAAUGGAACAGAUGAUGGCGCAAGGCUUCAAUUGACAACUACCAAAAAUGGUUCAAUCUGGUUUGAUCAAGUCUCAGCCAUGCCUGUGGAUACUUAUAAGGGACAUGGUUUUAGGAAUGAUCUUUUCCAAAUGAUGGUUGAUCUCAAACCUCGUUUCAUCCGUUUCCCUGGUGGUUGUUAUGUGGAGGGUGAUUCGUUAAGCAACGCAUUCCAGUGGAAAAAAACCGUGGGAGCUUGGGAAGAGAGGCCUGGCCACUUUGGUGAUGUUUGGAACUACUGGACAGAUGAUGGUCUUGGCCACUUUGAGUUCUUCCAACUGGCUGAAGAUCUCGGUGCAGCUCCAAUAUGGGUGUUUAACAGUGGAAUCAGUCAUCAUGAUCAAGUUGAAACCGCACGUAUCAUGCCGUUUGUUCAAGAAGCGCUAGAUGGUAUUGAGUUUGCUCGUGGUGAUGCUAAUUCAACAUGGGGAUCAGUUCGAGCUGCAAUGGGACAUCCAAAGCCUUUUGGCCUUAAAUAUGUUGCUGUUGGGAAUGAAGAUUGUGGGAAAAAAUACUACAAAGGAAACUACCUUGAGUUCUAUAACGCUAUCAAGAAAGCCUAUCCAGACAUCAAAAUCAUCUCCAACUGCGAUGGAUCGUCUCAACCACUCGAUCACCCUGCUGAUUACUAUGAUUAUCACGUUUAUACUCUUGCCAAGGAGUUGUUUUCCAUGUCCCAUAUGUUUGACAAAACGUCGCGUGAUGGUCCAAAGGCUUUUGUUAGUGAAUACGCUGUGAACAUAACAGAUGCUAAUACUGGAAACCUUCUAGCUGCUCUUGGUGAAGCAGGUUUCCUCCUUGGUUUGGAAAAGAACAGUGAUGUUGUAGGAAUGGUAAGCUAUGCACCUCUCUUCGUUAACACAAACGACAGAAGGUGGUUGCCAGAUGCUAUAGUUUUCAACUCGUCUCAUUUGUAUGGAACACCAAGCUAUUGGGUCCAACAGUUCUUCACAGAGUCAAGUGGAGCAACUCUUCUCAGCUCUACUAUGGAGGGAAACUCUUCUUAUGUUGAAGCAUCUGCCAUAUCCUUCCAAAGCAAUGGCUCUGAUUACAUACAGAUUAAGGCUGUUAACUUUGCAAACGUGACAGUAGAGCUGAAGGUAAAGAUGACUGGAUUGGACUCGAGCAACACGAAAGCUUCUGCAAAAAAGAAGAAAGUACUUACAUCUGCCAGUGUGAUGGAUGAGAACUCCUUCUCCAACCCAGAGAUGAUUAAGCCACAAGAAAGCAUAGGGGUGAUGUCGGAGGGGAACUUCACGUUUGUUCUCCCUCCCUACUCCUUUUCGUCAUUCGAUAUUUAGUGUCACUAGACGUUGUAGACUCUAAGUUUUAUACAACAAUGAGUGCGUGAAUGAUAUGAUUACAUAUCAAUAAUAUGACGUUACAUUCUA